AUGGCAACAUCAAAACUGGAUGCAGAAGCAGCCCGGUGGUACGAAGACAAUUCAACAAUAAUCACAACACGGUCAAUGUUCAAAGCCGCUAUGACCGAACGAUUAAAACCAUUGAAAUCAGCAUCAAAAGCAUUUCAGAUAUUAAUUGAACGGAAAGAACAACCAGACGAAUCGGUUACGAGUUGUUACAAGUUCAUGGUUAAAUCAUGUAGCAAAUAUGAUGCAAAAAUGAUAGUGUCUUGUUUGGAAAAUGAAGUUAAAACAGAAUUGAAACCACAAAUCAAACGACAAAAAUUGAUACUUGAAGAUGAGUGGACACCACAGAUUUUUUUGAAAGUAGCAAGGAAUACAGAUGAAUUGGAAGAUGAACAACAAAAGUUUCGGAACACUGGUCCCUCCUUCAUAUAUAAUACUGACACAACAGCAUCUAUUACAUCCAGACCCUUCUCUCGUCAAUAUUUGUCUCAACUUGUUUCCCAAACUCCUUCAUCAUUGCCGUGCCAUCAACAGAUACCUUAUCAACGAAAACACCGGUCCGACAGCGAACCCCCGUAA